AUGUGUAAAAUAACCCACAACACAUUCAAAGACUGCCCUUGCAGUAAAACCAGCACUAUACCGUGUGGAAUAUACCUCAAAGCUGUCUCCGACGCUGAUUCGGCACUCAACAGACACCUCAAAAUCCAUCGACCAACCUCGCAACAUCAUAAUCUUUUCGGCGACAGCGAGGAAAUUGGGCCGAGGAAGGUUAUGCCCGACAUGAGAGAAUGCCCGAAUCUCUCUGAGAGUUGGAAGAAACCGGGAGAGGAAGAUAAGAAGGAACAAGAUUCUGAGAACAAAAAUACACCAAGUUUCAGGAGUAGAAAGGGACCACGUGGUCCUCGUCCUCAGCAUAAAAAGUCAUUAGACUCUGAGGAUAAGAAGAAACCUGAUACUUGCGAGAUGGUUGAAGGUGGUUGUCCAUAUCAGGCGCGCCAAACACCGACGGAGCCGAGAAGGGUUUGGGAGAAUCCAGAUGAGAUGUGGGAGCUCAAUUUGAGGGGUAAAGGCGGCGUUUGGUAG